AUCUUCCCUGUGUUUGUGGUGCUUUAUUUGUUCCUAGCCUUUUUGGCUUUUGUUUUCUCAGUUUGUCUGCUUCCCAUUAUUGGUGUUUAAAUGAAUUUGGAUUGUUUGCAACCCCCAAAAAGAGGGGGCCUUAGGGUUGAAAAACCCUAACGAGCGGGAUUUGGGCGUCAACUUACAUAACUUUAAAAUGUUACAUCCCAAAGCAAGCAGACCUGAGGGUACAGAGCACAGAGCUUGGAUGACCAGUUCUUUCCUGGAAGUUGUUCAUUCUGCAAUUGAGUCCCCCAAUUCAUAAUCACAGAUGAAGAAAAGGCUAAUGUCACUCUCAUUCUCUCUGAGAAGCUCGGUCCAGCUUCACAGGCCUCCUCUUUACCACUCAAUCUCUCUCUUGUUUUACUCUUCCUCCAAUCCCAAAAGGUCAAACUCAAAAUCAAAGCCCAAAGUAGCAGUAGCUGAAUAUCUAAUCAACCAGCACCAGUUUUCCCCAGAAGCCGCUUUAAAAGCCUCAUCAGCCAUUGCUUUUCUUCAAAGUACUGCAGAAUCGGAUUCGGUGCUUUCAUUUCUCAAGGAAAGCGGUUUCUCCAAAACCCAUCUGGAGGAAGUGGUUAAAAGGGUCCCGAGGAUUCUUCGUGCCAAUCUUGACACGGCCAUCAAACCCAAAAUCAAGAUUUUGCAAGACUCUGGCUUUUCAGACUCCGACAUCGCCGAUCUUAUAUCCUCAGACCCCUGGAUUUUAAGGCGGAGUGCCGAUAAAGGGCUUGGCCCUGCUAUUUUAGUGUUGAAGAACAUUCUGGGUUCUAAUGCAGGUGUGCUUAAGGUUUUAAAGUUAUCUGCUUGGUAUCUCAAAUAUGACUUGGAGAAGACAUUGAUGCCCAAUAUUGAGGUUUUAAAGAGUUUGGGUAUAAGUUCGUCGCAGAUUGUCAAAUACAUUUUUCUUUUUCCGAGAUUCUUUCUGCAUAAGCAGGAGAGCAUUAUGGGUUUUGUUAAAAGGGUUGAUGAAAUGGGUUUUGAUAGGAAGUCCAGGAUGUUCCUAUAUGCUAUUCGGAUCAUGAGUUCGAUGACUUUGGAGACCUGGGAACUGAAGGUGAAGCUCUUCCAGAGUUUGGGGUUUUCGGAAAAUGAUAUCUUGGUGGUGUUUAGGAGGGCUCCCCAGGUGUUUGCUACAUCUGAGAAGAAGAUUAAGGAGGCAAUAGAGAUGCUGCUUAGCUCUGGCAAGGUUGAUAUCUCAUUUCUAGUUAGUCACCCAGAAUUGCUUAUUUGUAGCGUUGAGCACAGGCUGAAACCACGACUACAAGUUAUAGAGAACCUGGAAAAGAGAAAUCUACUGGGGAAAAUACCUAACUUGAGCACAAUCUGCAAGUAUACUGAACCGAAGUUUGCUGAAAAAUUUGUAAUUCCUUAUGCAAAUGAACUUGACCAAUGAAGAGCCAUGCUAAUGCGAUUUGAAUAUUUUUAGCUGGCACUGGCAUUUGAUGAAUGCUUGUAACUUGCAGGAAGAGUUUACAUUUUCCUGGGAAGAGCAUGGAAGGAAAGGAUAUAGAAAGGCCAUGAUUGUUUUUGAGGUAUUUUCUUUUGUGCACUCGUGUUUCCUUCUAUUAAUCUUUGUAAGAAAGUUGUAACAGGGCCCGACUGCUUCUCUAGGAAGCGCAUCUGCUUAGUGUUCUUGUGGCUCCACUUACUAAUUUCUCUAAACUUUGAAUGCCUUAAAAAAAGAGUGACAGUUAGCUUAUUAGCUCCUCGCUAGCCUUGCCCCUUGCCUUCACAUU